CACCCCAGUACACUGCCGGGAGCGGCGGCGGCGCCAAUAUGGCGGCGGCGGCGGUGGUGGCGGCCGGGCGGGCGUGUGCCCGGGGAGCGCUGCGGGCGGGAUGGAGAGGGUUUGCCUCUGUGCCAGUGAAAGGGAGUUGCUGUUCCUAUUCUAACCUGGCAUGGGCUUUCCAGACACGGUGUUCCAUCUCUGCCCCCUGGAAUGUGACAGUUGAGCAAUGCAGAAAAAGCAGUUUCUUCAAUACAAUGACAGCUGAACAGCUAUGGAAAGGAGCUUUGGCAGAGACUGGUGCAGGAGUAAAGAAAGGAAGAGGAAAGAGAAGGAAGAAAAAGCUGAGGAAGAAUCUCAAUAGAGGCCAGGAGAUUGGUGAAGGACGUUCUGGUUUCCUCUGGCCUGGUCUUAAUGCUCCUGUGAUACAAACUGGGAAAGUCCAGGCAGUUACUCAACGAAAAAAAGAAGAAAGAGACAGAAUUCAGGCUGAAAUUGUUCAGCAGAGAGAUACCUGGGAGAAGAAAAGAAAAAUAAAAGUUAAGAGAGAGGGAGGAUGGAGUGGAAGGUGUUGGGGAGGUGUCCUUCUGGAUCCUCCUGACCCGGGUCCUAAUGGAGAAACUUUUGAAGAUUUUGAAGCAAGAGUCAUUGAGGUGAAAAAUGUAUUUUGUAUGAAGGCAAAGGAAGGCAGAAGAAGAUCAAUACGUGCCUUAGUGGCUAUUGGAAAUGGUAAAGGGGCUACAGGUUUUGCGCUGGGGAAAGCAAGUGACAGGGCAGCUGCUUUACGGAAGGCAAAGAAUAAAGCAAUAAACUGCUUACAUUUUAUAGAGCUUUAUCAGAACCACACAAUUUACCAUGACAUUACAGUGAAAUUUAAAACCACCAAAAUCCACAUGAAGAAGCAAAACAAAGGGUAUGGUCUUCGUUGCCACCGAGCUAUUAUCACCAUGUGCAAACUAAUUGGCAUUAAAGACAUGUAUGCCAAGGUUACUGGAUCCAAAAACUUGAUUAACAUUACCAGAGCUUUCUUUAAAGGCUUGACCCAACAGGAGACUCACCAGCAGUUGGCAAACCAGAAGGGUCUCUAUGUAGUGGAGUUCCGUGAGGAGCAGGGCCCUCUGCCCAUCGUCGUGGCUCUGCCUGAGGGGACUGUCCGUGAGGAUCCUGAGCCUGAAGAUGAGGUUCCCGACACAAAGCUGGAGUGGAGCGAGGUCAAAGAAGCUCAGGGAAUGAAGAAAUCUCCCUGGGCAAAUGUCAGAAGGACAGCAUGUUAAAAGCUUCAGUCCCUCUGUCUCUUCAGCUCAGAGGUGCAACUGGGAAAGCCCAGCUCAAACAGACACGUUGUCUUGGCUUACGUUUCAGAGGAGGGCAGCAGUAGCUCUCUCAUGCCAUUCAUAUUGCUGCUGCCAUUCUACCAUUCAGUAACACUGUUUGCUUUCCUACAAUUCUUCUGACCACUGUUUGACUGGGGAUGUUCAGAUGGAAACAGUCAGUGAACAUGUCUUAGUCUUCAAGCAUGUAUUUACUUGAUUCCAGAAGGUGAUUUUUAGUCAAGAGCUCCCAUGAUUCUUCUAUAAGCUCUUGGGAAACUACUGAAAGUACAAGAUUGUGAAAGCAAUAAAGAAUCAUCAGAGUGGG